CCCCGUGGUGAGGCUAAGCUGACCACUCCAACUGGGAAUGCCCCUCCUCCAGCCCCUACACUCGUCUGUGUUCCAGACGAUACCUACGAUGAUACCUCUGACGAUGAUGGUACUGAAGGACAGCUCAACAUUUCAACUAGCUCGGAACGUCCAGAAGGUUGGGUCAUGGGGGCAUUUUCAGGUCUCAAGAGGAUUGUUGCAGAAGCCAAAGGUGCAGCUUCCAAGCCUGUGGUGGACUUCAUCAGGAAAUAUCUCCGGGGAACAAAGCUUAUCUUCGUUGUGGGACAAUCCGGAACUGGAAAGUCGACCCUUCUGAGCGAGAUCUCCGGCCAGCAAUUGCAUGUUGGAAAUUCUCACAAGUCAGGCACGAAGAACUAUCAAGUUUGCCCAGCAAUCAUUGAUGGCGAACAGUAUCUAUUUGUGGACACUGCAGGAUUUGGCGCCGCUGACAUCGAUGACAUGGCGAACUUCCAUGACAUCAUCACAUGCCUGGAUGCUCUUAGCCCUUUUGUCACUGUUGCUGGUGUUCUAUUUGUUUACGGCGGUAAUCAGGACCGGAUGAUGAAAGCAGACCUAACAACGAUACAGUGGGUGAAGUGUUUCUGUGGGCCAGAGUUCUACAAGAAUAUUACCAUCGUGACCAGCAAGUGGGAUUCAUUGAGCGAAGACGAUUUUGAGGAACAUUGGGAAUCCAAGCUGCCCGGUCUGUUGAAUGACCCGAGCAUCACCGAAGUUCUCGAACCUUCGCCUGUCGGCCCGCGGCGCUAUCAUGGAGGCGCGGUCUACCACCAUAGCAUCAAGCAAGCCAACGGCAAUGACACCGGGGAACCAAUCCAGCGACUAUCGGUCCGAAAACGUUCCGGGGAGAGAGCAGAAGAGAUCAGAGCCAUGAUCAGCAAGCGGUACAAGGAGGUACCAAACGUCAAGCUUCAAGUCGUCCGCGAAAUGGCGUGCAAGACCCCUUGGUACGAGACAGAGGCUGCAAAGGUGUUGGAGCAGAACCCUUUGUACAUUCGUCUCGAUGUCAAGAGCGAUCUCGCCCGGGUCUCAGUUCUCGAAACGCCCCGGAAAAUGGAAGGUGCCCAGCUGGAUCAACCAGAGCCAAUCUCGAAUAGCCCCUUACCUCCCGCUGCCUUGGAGGACAACAACACGCAAAAUACGC